AAAUGGAGCCGCACGUCAGGGCCCGCAACGCGCCCAGCCCGUCCCGCUGUCGUUCGACUCAGCAUGGCGGUGGACGACACGUCCGGUGUCGAUGGCCUCAAGAGCAGGUGGCAUGCGCACCGCUUCGCCUGGAGAUCGGAGCCGCCGCGCCGUGGUCUCCGGAGCGUAAGAUGGCCGCGGUGACAGAUACGAGGAGCUGUCAACUCCGCCCGGGAUCCUAAAGCCUAAAUUCCGUGUCACGCGGCGUGCCGUUUCCGCGCCGCGCGUCGCGCCGCGCGAAUCUCCGCGUUGCGCCGCGUUUCAUCGGACCGCACUGCGAUGCUCGAGUACGCGAGUCCGCUCGGGACCGUCCGUCAGACAGAAACGCACCCAGGCAGUCCGAGAACGCACGUCACCUCGUAACCCGAAUAAUUCUCGCCGACGUCGCGACUGUCCUCAGUCAUGGAGGCGAUAGUGGAGUACAAUUAUGUGGCGCAAGAGGAAGACGAGUUGACGCUAAGGAAGGGCGACAUCAUCACCGAGAUCAAGAUGAUGCUUGGGGGAUGGUGGGAGGGCACUUUGAGGGACAAGCGUGGCAUGUUCCCCGAUAACUUUGUUAAGGUAUUACAUGUCGAAUCACAUCUCUUACGGUUUAUCACCUGUUUGUGCACGUUCACAGAUUCUCAUGCAAAAAUAUUUGGCGUGCAGGUAUUGGACCCCUCCUCGGCCGCCAGCGGAAGUAAUGGUAGCGAGACCGGUAGCAACACGAAAUCUGACGAGAAUGUCACUUUGAGGAACGGCUCCGGCAGACGUUUCUGCAAAGUCCUCUUCAGUUACGAUCCCUGUAACGAGGACGAGCUAACUUUAGUACCGCAAGACUCGAUAGAGUUUCUGGGAGAAGUGGAGGAAGGAUGGUGGAGGGGUCGUCUCAGAGGUAGAGUCGGUGUGUUUCCCUCAAACUUCGUUUCUGCCCCUGCACCCGAGGAACAGGAGAGGCCUAAGGAGCGAGAUAAGAAGGAAAUGUGUAGAGUACUCUUUCCAUACGAGGCAGCUAAUGAGGAUGAGCUUACUCUGGUUGAAGGAGACGUGAUCGCCCUUUUAUCUAAGGAUGCGCCGGACAAGGGUUGGUGGAGAGGAGAAUUGAAGGGGCAAGUGGGGUUGUUCCCUGACAAUUUCGUCGAGAUGAUUGGUGUGAAAAACGAGUCCCAGGAGCAAGGAUCCCAGUGGCACGAAACAACGUCGUUAAGUGCAAAGUCGAGUGUCAGACAUUCUCAUCAACAAGUGAAGAAAGUGGAGAAGGCGCACGUUAGGAAAAGUCUGGAUACCCGGAAUAUGCAUUCAAGUAAUAUAUCAGAUCAUUUCCCUACUAUAGACACCGCUAAAAAGAGCCUAUCUACGAUGUCCACUUCAACGUCGUCGUCGUUAACGUCCACCGGAAGCGGAAGCGGCGAUAAGAAGGCGGCCGGUGGCCACUCGAUUAUAUCGAGCCUGAAGCGUUUCGUGAGCGACGUGGGAAAUAAUAAUGGUAUCAACAACACGACGAGCACCACCUCGGAGUGUCGCGAGGAGUUGGACGGUGUAGAACGUGGGGAGGGCACUCCGCUUUCGCAUUUGACAGCUUCUCGCGCUAAAGCGCCUCGGCGACGUCCGCCUUCGUCGCAGCAUCUACGCCAUCACGCUGCUGGAUCCAACACAAGCGCAUCCUCGACGCUACCAAUAUUACCAACCUACGCCCUUUUGGAAGAUAAUCUGUCUAAUGGACGCACUGAUACCACGUUGGAACAAAUACCUGACGAAGAAACGGACGGGCUUGCGGCGAAAGCGAGAAGAAAAGCACCAUGGGUCGAAGAAUUGAAGAUGAAUCAGAUGGAGAGGAGAAAAACCGCCACGGUAGAUCGAGUCGAAAAGGUGGAAGUGAAAAAGGAACGAAAUUUCUCGCGAUUAAUGACGCAAGGAAAUGCCACGGAUUCUACUAACAAGCCGGAUACCGAUAACGACGAUAGCAAACAGAAAGACAAAAGUCCGAGAGCCGAAACGAGCCCCAACGCCGAUCAUAGUCCUAGUGCAUCUGGUCAACCGGCCUACGUACCGUAUGCCCUGUACACUAAAUUAUUGGAAAGGGUCGUCGCGUUAGAGGAGAAACAAGCGGCAUUGCAGGCGACAAUAGGACAGCUCUCCGAACAGCUCGUACCUCUUCUCGCGAACGCGCCGACUAACAGCUAAGUAUAAUACGUAUCGGUGUUAAGAGAGGAAAAUCAAUAGUAUAUUUAUCUGCCCGUACUACCACUGUGUUGGUUUCUCAUUAAAUCACUAAUGAGAAAGAAACUAAUACUGCUGCUAGAAUAACGUUCAUUGCUAUUACUGUUGUUAUAUAUAUAUACACACACACACACACAUAUAAUAUUUAUUCAUUUGGUAGUAUUCGUUUAUUGUUUACUCCGUCGAUGCAGUAUUCGCGCGAUCCGGUUAAAAACGCAACAUUCCAUACGACAUUCUUCGUCUGUAAAGGCAUUUCCCUGUCGUUCCGUUUCCGAUCAUUUAACAGAUCUCAUUGUUACGACUGCCCGAUUUGAUCACUCUCUUGAAAAUCAUAGCCGACUUACGGAUGCCCGGGACAUUCGCAAUCGCGCGGCUCGAGCUCCGCAAUUUUUAUUUCGAACUCACGACACAUAUCAAAUUACGAGGCGAAAAUCUUCAAUGUAUAUUUGCACAUAUUCUAGAUUAUUAUGAUGAAACUUCUCCAUUGUCAGUAGCACGAAAAAUCUUGCGGCGUAAAGUUCCAAACGGAGAAAAGGAAAAAAUAGCGCAAGUGUCCUUCCAGAUGGGUGCCUGUGCUUUUCUUGUACCAAUUUGCAUUUUAUUUAUUAUUUUACGUUACUUAUUUACGUAUACAUUUUAAUAGACUUUACGAAAGAUUGCUAAUUAUAUCUUAAUUUUAUCAUCACGGACGAUAAGAAUGUGAAAAAGGAUAGAAAAGUACUUAAAUUAGUGGUUCGAUAGGGUGUAAGAAUUAUGUGAUUCUUUUUUUUUUAUCCAACGAACGCAGCUGCCUCGCGAUGUAUGUGAUGAUUUGCUGUAGAUUUCUUCAGUAAUCUGAGUGCCAAUGUAAGCAUUUUGUUUAUUGCAUUUCCGAGAUGCCUCAUUCAACGAUAGUGAUAAGCGAUCCUCGUUGAUUUUUUCACGAGUAAUAUCACCGGACUACGGACAUAUACGCGACUCGUACAAGUCUAAUUCGACGCGUUCGUCGAGCCAUUUAUUCUCACCCGCUUAUCGAAGCAUAUUCCGUUCCUAAGCGGGAUGUCUUUGAAACGGUGCUAAUAGCACGAUAUGUGAUAUAUCGUAGCGUCACGUGGUUAUACGAUAUAGGAAUGAGGCACAGCGAGAGAGAAACGUUUAUGAAUGAAACACUUCUGUUCUGUCCUAAAUAUGAAAGUAUCAUGGUAGGACGGUAAAACUAAGAAUGUAUUGUAGGCCGCUUUAAACGACAGGUUAGCAGCUUCAUUCGAUACAGUCGCGAGUCGUAUCUUGAAUAUAUAAAAAAAAGUUUUUAUUUUUUUUAUGAAAAUGCAAUUUUAAGUAAAUAUGGUAAAACCUAACGCGGAAAGAUUAUAGAUAUAUCGAGAGGAAAUACGAGACGCUAUUUAAUUUUUUAUAUCGCGGUAUUCCAUAAAAUAUAUUUAAUACUUUAACAAUAGUGGGCUGAAAGCUAUUUCCUCUAAUCAGGUUGAUAUAAAAGAGACUUUAUUUUUAUGCAGAUAUGCAUUAAAUAAUAUGUGUAUAUACAUAUAUAUGUAUAUUUUAUUCUCUCUCGUCUCCAUUAAUUUUUAGCGAUCAAUAGUUCCAUGCGAAACCUAGCAGGUUUGAAGAGCGGUAUAAUUAUCAUAUUUACUUGAUAAUCGGACGUGUAUAUGUUGGUCGAAUUGCAAUUUAUUAAUGUACUGCGCAGUAUUUAAGGUUUGUAUAAAACGAUAUAUAUUUUCGGGCGGCUCAAUCACUUAAUGUCUUGCAAAUAUACUUUAGCUGCAUACGCUGAUAUUCGUAGCCGUAAUAAAUUUUUGCAAGAAAACCAGAUUUAUAUUUACGUUAAGUGGAAUGUCUUUCCUCGAAUUAAAAUUCCACGGUAUGUAUUAUAUGAUUGUUAUCAAUUUCCUGCAUGGAGAAAAAGUUACGAUGCAGCAGAAAGAAUUACUAUUUCAAACGUUUUUAUUUCAUAUGUAAUCCGUCCCCGAACAUUAGAAAAAUAUCGAUAUGCAAUUCAUAAGUUGGCUUAAUUAUCGUAAGGCUAUAAUAUUUCAACAUAUACAUUUUGAAUUUAUGUGUACUGAAUAGCUUGUACUUCGCGAUUCUUCCUUUCUGAGAAAAGGUAUUACUGAUCUACAUCGUUCAUUACUUUAAAAGCACACUUUUAUCGACACACAUAUGCUAUUUCGAAAAUUUAUCACAAGGCAUCGCAAGAAUAGCUCUACGAAAUUCAUUAACUCUAAUUAACAAUGGCUUUUAACGACGGAGGUACCUCUUUAUAUUUGUAGAGUAUUUUAGAUAAUUUUGAGAAGCUUCUUUUUGCAAUUCCGUACAAGAUUGUAUUAAUUUGCAUAGUUGUAUACUAUACAGUGUAUGUAACGCGUUCAUUUUAAUACGAACUCAAGGGUAACUCUUUCAAUCGGCAUAAUCUAACACUGACCAUGCUUACAAAAGAAAGUUCAAGAUAAACGAGACCACAUUCAAAUUCGUACGUCGCUCUAAUCACGUCUUUUUAUACUUUUAUAUUUCGCUGCAGAUCAGGUCGUUUGAACGGGACAAUUUUUAUGUGACUAUAUGUUCACUCGUGUGGUAUACAGAGCUUCGGUUUACGAAUGCGACACCAUUAUGCACCUUCUUGCAAGUGUAACGCGUGACAAUAAUAGUUUUUAAGCGAGUUCGGGAGAAUUUUUGCCGAUUUUUUCCUUUGUGAUUACGUUUUGAGUAAAGUCAUAAUCGAGACUCGUGGAGGCUCAAUUAAAGCAUUUGAUUGCAUUUCACGUCUUUUUGGAGAUAUUUUUUAUAACGAAUAGCUGUUUGUCAAGUAUCGGUUAGUCAUAGUUUCGCACUCUUGCAGGUACAUCUCGUCUUCCCUAUCACACAUCUCUUGCGAUCCAAUCGUUACGAACAUAAUCAUUCACUUCUAUCUUAAUGUGACCAUAUUCUGAGAAACAAUGUAAAUGCGUUAAUUAGAUUAGACCUGUACUUACGAAUUUAUAAAGCCUUUCCGUUCGCCACCGAACUUCCAGAAUAGGUUUGAAAUGGAUGUUUCCAAAAUCAAUUGAGGAAAAUGUUAAUCUGUAAAUAUAACAAUGUUGAGCAGUAAUUCUGCGCAUCGAGUGAGAACGUGCGAGAAAAGAUCGCGAACGAAAUCUUUAUUCUAAAGGUAUCGCGUCCCGAAUAUUAUCCUAACGCCAGUGAUUCAACAAAUUAUAAUCGGUCGUGCAUUAAUCACGAUGUAACUGUCUCUCACACGCUUUCGGUCUAUCACUAUGUACGGCGCUAUGGCGAAUAAAUAUCGCAGACGAGGUUGUAAGACUAAUGUAAUGGCAGACUUAUUUCCGAUUGUGUGUUAUUCGACAACGAAUCUUAUCGAGAUCGUUUUUAUAUCACGCUCUAGCGAGCUGUUCUCGAUGAAUAUCCUGUCGAAAAGCGUCGGACGGAUGCGGCAGCGUACAGCUGUCUGGCUGCAUAGUUGCUAAGUGAUAUCCUUGUAGAAAGCAUGCUCUAGAACGUAAGGAGACUGGAGUUAACGACCCAAGUGAAACGAUUUUUAAUGUUAUUAACGUUAGGCCUAUUAUGUACAUAUACAUGUGUAAGCGCAGCGCGAUCGAGUGAGAGUUAUAUAUAUAUAUAUAUAAAUAUAAAUAUAUUUUCCCCUUUUUUUGUCAACGUGUCCAACCGUGCAUACGUCGGAUUAACAAUCGUACCUGUAAAUAAAGCCAUUGGAGAGUUAAGUCACACUCUCUAUAUACGCAAUGCUGGAGUCCUGUAAUCCUACAUUAAAUCUCUAUACAUACA